CAACGCCUCAGUUUGCCGGUGUCUGAAAGGGAACGUGGAUCAGUUCAUCUCGCAUCUUCUCUUUCGAGUUAAAUUUUCAAAAAAUCUAAUUUUAUUUUUAAAAAAUGUCUUUUCUCGGCAAGAAGUACAAACUCGCCACUAGCGAGAAUUUCGAUGAACUGAUGAAGGCGCUUGGCGUUGGUCUUGUGACCCGAAAAAUGGGAGCCUCUGUGAGCCCGGUUGUUGAGGUUACAAAGGACGGAGACGAGUACAUUAUGAAAACAACCAGCACCUUCAAAAGUUCUGAACUCAAAUUCAAACCUGGUGUUGAAUUUGAUGAAGAAACACCCGACGGCCGAAAGGUUAAGACAACAAUUACUGUCGAUGGUGAUAAAAUGUCGCAAAUUCAAAAGGGAGAUAAAGACACUGUCAUCGAAAGAGAAUUCACCGACUCCGAAAUGAAAGCAAUAAUGAAGGUGGAUGACAUUGUUUGCACGAGGAUUUACAAAGUCCAGAACUGAGUUAUCAUCAGAAAAACAACCAAGAUCGAAAUGAUGUUCUCCGGAUUUUAUAAUAGGAAUUUCAUUAAAAUACUACCAGAAGUUACAAAACUUUUACAUAACAUAAAUCACGCGUAUUUUAUUUUUCAGUUAGUUUAUGUACAUUCCCGAAUGUAUUCCUAUAUCUCUCGCUUGACCGAGACUGCUUAUAAUAUACAUUUUUUUUCAUGAA